UAUAAUUGUUAUGAAUUUUCCCGAAGGAAUGAAAAGAUUGCGCUGAAGUGGAUUCCGAGACACGCAUAUGGGGAACCAGGAUGCGGUGGAUCGGUUACGUGGCCACGAUAAUCUGGUGGUCGAGCGUCGCCAGGUCUCUGAGCACGUUGAAUCGAGGUCACAGCUACAAAAUAAGUCCGAAACCCUGUCGUGUACCUGGCCAAAGUAUUGGUGGAAGUAUACAGGGUACAUGUAUGUUCGUCUGGGAGUGCAUCAAGUCAGAGGGCACACACGUGGGCGUAUGCGUUGAUACAUUUAUGUUUGGAAGUUGUUGUGUUCAUAAGAAUGACACGGUUACUUCACUUGCAACAACAACGGGUGAUAAUAGUACGACAUUGGGGGAUCAAUCGUUGUCGACUGUAUCGCCAUUAUCUAUUUUAUCAGUGGCAUCGACGGUAUCGUCAGUGACAGUGACUGUUGAGCCGUCAAGAUUAUCAGACACAACGUUAAAUAUUGGGGGAACAUCGGGGCCCAGUGGAUCGACUGAAGAGUCAACAGUCAGACCAGUCAGGCCUAUUCAUUCAGUCAGUCAUACAAAUAGGCCAAAGAGGCCUCAUCCACCGCUGCAUGAUUUUCAGUCGUCACCGGCGAGACUCCCGGACGAUGGAAAAAAUCAGAUGGUCGAUGAGGACGAGGGAAAUCAGCGGAGGAGACCUGGCGAGUUGUAUCAAGGGGAUAAACCCGAGAAAACGGGAUUUUCAAAUGUUCCACCACCACCACCACCACCUCCACCCAUUCCGCCGGCGGGCAAUCAGCAUUAUUCUAGUGACAAGGAGGAGGACAAUGUCAUCACGAAUGAGACAUCCGGUGAUCGUCUCACCGCAGCGAGUAUCAAUGCAAUACGCACCGAGAAGCCACCGGUACACUGGUUGGUGACCAAUUCACCAUCAUCAAACAUUUAUUCAAGCCUGAAGACACCGACUUACCGGCCUGGCUCGAUGUUCGGGCACUCAGCCUCCACCGAGACAAGACCCAAUUUCAUAUCAAAGCCCCACGAUCAGAAAAAACCGGGUAAACUGUGGACAACAUCCAAGUCCACCUAUCUCCAGACUGAUCACACAAGUACUUCAACGGAAUCCUCCCUCGGGCAAACAACUCACUGGCACGUAACGACAGAGCCUGCAUUCGUCACAAAGCACAAAAAUCCCAGUCACUCGUCCUCAAAUCGUCCCGGCUACUCUAUCAUCAACUUUUGGGGCGACAAUACGUGGACCCAGCCACCGAGUGACGAACGCGAUACAGAUGAAACUAAUAAAAAGUAUUCAGACAAACAUCCAGGCAAUGAGAAUCAGCAAAACAAACCAGAAUAUGGCAAACCUCAUUAUAUCCCGUCGAGUCAUUACAUUACGACUGCGGAUGUUGGAUCAUUGACACGACCGAAACCAACGAGAAGAAGAACACCGCAGCCCCCAAGAGUUGUAGCAACAACGAUAUAUCCGAUGAAUAAUCAAGAGUUACCAUCGACGUCGAUGACAACAGUGAUGAGGACAACCCCGUCGACACCGAAGACGACAACACCAACUGUCGCCCCACCAACAGUGUCAACGACAAUGUCAACAACAACGACAACGGAACAAGCGACAACCAAGAAAAAUCCACUGGGCUCGGUUCCAACGGUCUCGGCAGUACCUGCUCAUUCAGAAAAUGGAAAGGAACGGGCCCAAUGCGGUGUGCCACCAUUAUUUCCACGUCCUGAGACAAGAAUAGUCGGUGGAAAAGCAGCGCCAUUUGGCAGGUGGCCAUGGCAGGUAUCAGUCAGACGUACAUCAUUCUUUGGUUUUUCAAGCACCCACAGAUGUGGUGGUGCUGUACUAAAUGAGAACUGGAUCGCAACUGCAGGACACUGCGUCGACGAUUUACUGACCUCGCAGAUUAGGAUCCGGGUUGGUGAUUACGAUUUCUCAUCUGUACAGGAGCGCUUGCCUUACGUAGAAAGAGGUAUUGCUAAGAAGGUCGUACAUCCCAAAUACAAUUUCUUCACUUACGAAUACGAUCUUGCUCUUGUGAGACUUGAGAGUUCCCUUGUUUUUGCUCCUCACAUAUCACCAAUAUGUUUACCAGCGACUGAUGAUCUUCUUGUUGGUGAAAAUGCCACUGUCACUGGGUGGGGGAGACUCAGUGAAGGAGGUACAUUGCCCUCGGUACUUCAGGAAGUAUCUGUUCCUAUUGUGAGUAAUGACAGAUGUAAGUCAAUGUUCUUGAGAGCUGGUAGACAUGAAUUUAUACCCGAUAUAUUUUUGUGCGCUGGGUAUGAGAAUGGAGGACGGGACUCGUGCCAGGGUGACUCUGGUGGUCCUCUCCAGGUGCGUGGUAAAGAUGGUCGUUACUUUCUCGCUGGAAUAAUAUCCUGGGGAAUCGGCUGUGCCGAGGCUAAUCUACCGGGUGUUUGCACGAGAAUCUCAAAGUUUGUACCCUGGAUACUGAAGAACGUCACCUGAGACUAUUAAAAUAACCACUCCAAGGAGAAUCCAAGAAUCAAACUCCCGUUCGGCUGUACAGACACUCAUUAUACAUAAAACGAUGAACAAUAGAGAGAACAAAUCAUUAAUGCGUAUAGAAAUAUAUUUAGCACUUAACGAUCAAUCGAGUGGAGAUAAAUAAAAACAAACAAAUCACGAUGAUUCAUAAUAUAUUCGCGUAGUUGUUAAGAAUCAAUUCUUUAUUUUCGUGUCUCUGAGAGUGUAUUCGAAUGAAUGAGUUUGUUGCAGCGAAUGAAAAGAAAAAACGCGAAUGAACGCCAAAGCUAGUGAACAAAAGAGAAAAGGAUAAUUUCCGCGAAUUGUGACGAAAGAAUACAUCUCCCUGAUGAAUACCACGAGGUAGCCGGUGUCUUGCCUCCUCGAUUCCCCUUUUUUGUAUACAAAUAAUUCUAGAAAACAACAAAUAGCCAAUAUAUAAUAGUUUGUUGAUAAUUUUUCAAUGGUCUUAGAAUAAAAAACAAAAUGUCUA